CUCUUUUGACGUUAAUGAAUUUAAAAGGCCGGUAGUAUUAAUUUGCUUUUAAACAAUUUUCUGUAAGAAUUAUAAUCCAUAGACUGAAUAAAUAAGUUGGUCUACAACCUCAUAUGACUCCCAAAUAAACCGAUCAUCCGAUUUCAGAUCUUAAGCUUCUGGAAGUCGCAGAUCUUUUCCGAUCUUGCCGUGAUUUCUACAGCACCAGGAAGCUUGGAUUUUUCACUGAAUCGGCAGAAAUUUUAUAAGUAAAGUACAAAUGUGGCCUUCAGCCAUGUUUGUGGCAGUGGGUUCCCAUGAUACGGCCCGGCGGAACUUAGCACAUUUUUACUUGCUUUUUUUCAAAUAGUCAAUUCAACCUCUGGUAAAAAUGGUUUUCAGUUACAUGUAUGGUAGUACUUCUGACUGGUAUGAAAUCUUCUCUUCAUUAAACCCACUGUAUAACUACUCACUUAUUAUUUAAGCCUAUGGUAAUGCUAAAUAAAAACACUAAUGUAGUAAUCAAUACCGAAAAAUAUGUGUAGCACUUAAUAUGUCAUCAAUGAAACAAUUGAACCAUAAAUUAAACAUUCAAAAUCAAAAGCAUAAAGUCUAAGGGGCACGCCCUCCAUGUAUUCCACGCAAGCCCAUAAUCAAUGAAGCUUAUUUGCUAUAAAGGCCUGAGGAAAUGCAUUCAGGAAAAUAGUUAAAGACGGAAAAUUCAAGUGAACGGUUUGACAAAAGGAAAAUAAAGUUAACAAGAGAAAAUUUCAAAAAAAAACCCCAAGAAAAUCCAAACGAUGCGUAAACCAUGCAUUGCCAUAACUUUUCUCACACUAAUAAUUUGUGCCGAUAUUACAAGAUGCGCGCCUGCAAAAAAAUCCUUAAAAACCAAACUUAAUCCUUAUUACCUGCAGGCCAUGGCUGCCUAUAAAAAACUCGAAUCGAAAUUACCUCGGGAGGAGUUACGCGCCAUAACCACCAUAGGCAUUUUGAAUGGAGCCAAACAGGCCGAGCAACAAAUGGAACGCCAUCUGAUUGAUGCAGUCAAAGAUCUGGUGCUAAGCACCAACAUAAACGACAUGGAUAGUGUUCUGCCUAAAAUAGAAAAAAUCGAAGAGCAAAUGAACAGAGAUCAAACAGCUUUGGAGAUUCUUACAAAAUCUAUGGAUUUGGUCACCAAAACGAAGGAUAUGAAAACAUUUAACAAAGAAAUACAAGGUCUAGCGGAAGACUUAAAAGCAAAGCCAGCACAGACAUUAGUGGGGGAAAGCAGCGAUACCAAUGUGGGCAAAAAAGUUGGCCAAUUGAGACGGCAUAUUUUGCAACAAAUGGAUCUUAUGAAGCGCGUUGUUGAUGAUAAGAUCGAUGAUACCUUGGAUUAUAUAAUUGUGAAUGCGGACAGUGAUAGUCUGAUAGGAAAAGCCACCAAAGUUGUUCGGAAGCGUAAUGCAGAUCGAGAGGAGCCGGCUAGAAUACAACAAAUCAAAUCCGAUGUAACAGAGGAUGAUAUUCGCAGCAAUCUUGUGAUGGAUGGUGAUGAUGAUAAUGAUGAAAGUGCAGAUGAAAAUGAUUCCUUGGAAGAUGACAAUUUCUUCUUGGCCUCAAAUAAUGUUAUUGAAACUAACAGCCUUGCUGAAGCUACAGCCAAUGUGCAAGUUAUGGCCAAUGGCGCAGUGGCAACCACAAAUGGGAGCGGCAACAUGACUCUUGCCAAGCAGGAAGAAGGUUCACCCGAACUAUUAGAUAACAGCAGUGGGGGUGGGGACAUGCCAGGAGGUGGUGGUGGCCUGGUGGGCAUUAUAACCAGUUUGAGUGGCGGCGAAGGUGGCUCUGAUAUAGGCGCUUUAAUAGGAGCUUUGACUGGAGUCAUUUCCCAGUUGUUUGGACCUGGUGGUUUAGAUAUUGAAAGCCUUUUAAGUUCAGCUACUUCUUUGAUUGCCGGUUUAUUAGCGGGCAAUAGAAACUUUGGUACCGUUUUGGGCAUAUAUGUGGGAACAGCUCUUGAUGGCCUCUCGGGCGGAGGAGGUGCUAUAAACAAUGGACAAUUCAUUGGCAACUUUUUGGGUACAGUGGUGGCUUCAUUGAGUGCAGAUCCCGAAGACGAUGAUGAACCUCCAAAGCCCUUAAUUUUUCUCCAGAAUGUUGUCAGCAGUUUUAUGGAAGCCAAAAAUCGCAAAGGUUCUAGCGAGGAAUCAGGGGAACGCAAAGACAAGAAUAGCAAUGAAAAGGGCGGCGGCUCAGACUCAACGGCAUUUAUCAAACAUAUUGCCUCGCAUAUAGUGGGCAGUGUGGUCAGUUUAAUAUUAAAUGCUUCACUGGGAGCAUCGGGCGGAGCUUCCGGCGCCUCACAUUCCCUAUUUGCCGGAAGUUCCGGAGGCCAUAAACCAUCAGGAAAUGGUAAUGGUGGUAGCAAAUGGAAAUAG